GCUAACAAGCGUUAGCAUCAUAGUUGAUUCCUCAAAUGCAUUAAUAGCUCAAAUCCAGUUUAAAGCAUAAAAUGCAGAAUCACUGCGCCGUGCCGAACUGUACUAGUGGUAUAUCAGACCCUCAACCUCUCUUCCGGUUCCCGAAUGAUCCAGAAAGGUCUAAGAAGUGGGUUGAACAAUGUCAGAGAGAAGAUCUUGCAGACAAAUCACCAGAGUAUCUAUACAGAUACUACAGACUCUGUGGGAAACAUUUUGAAACUUCUUUGAUUGAAAAGGAUGCUCAGAAUGCAGUGUUGAAGGAUGACGCCCUACCAACCAUCUUUGAUACCCCAAGCCCGUCAAAAACUGGGCAGGUGAAGCGUGGUAAAGUGCUGGCCAAAGAAGAGGAAACGCAGAGUAGGGGAAGGAAAAAAAUGAAAAAGUCUCAGCCAGAGCCAGCUAAAGAAGAUGUCCAGAAACCCCCGGAGGAGGACGAGUACAAACAGUAUCUGAAAUCUUUAUUUGAAGUUCUUGUUCUGCUGGGAGAGCAGAGCAUUCCUCCGACAGGGCCUGGUGAAAGCAAACAGGAUGGUCCUGGUUCAAGCAACUUUGAGGCACUGUUAGAAUAUCGCAUGAAUUGUGGAGAUGAAGCCCUGAAGAAGAGGUAUGAUGAGAAUAAAGAGUGCUGCUCCUCUGAGAUGCUCAAUCAGCUGAUGGAGGUGUGUGAGAAAUACAUCCACAGCAAGCUGCUGGAAGAAGUGAAACUUAACGGCUUCUUCUCGUUACUCACUGAUGAUCUGGUGCAGAUCUCUGGAGAAUGGUUCCUCCCUGUCUUCCUCAGUUAUGUGGACCAGUCUAACAUCCAGCAGGAGAAGUUUGCUGGGUUCUUACCCUUUGAGGGCGAUGGAGAAGUGUUUGCAGAGAAAAUGCUCUCUGAAAUGACUGACAAAUGGGGCUUAGAUAUGAAGCAGUGUCGAGGGCAGGCCCACUCCUGCUCUGGGACUCAUAGUUGUAAAAUCAAAACAUUUGCUGCAAAACUGACAGAGAAAUAUCCAAUGGCAGUGCUUUCUCUAAGAUCUACUCGUGCUCUGAACAUGUCUUUGGCAAACAGCAUGACUUUGUCAGGGGUUCAGCUCGUCAUGUCCACUUUUAAGAAGAUCGACUCGUUUUUCGGCCAGUCCCAUUUCCUGCAGUUGGAGUUGGAACACGCCAUUUCCAUUUUUUACCCAGACAAGGAGGACAAAGCCAAGGAGCUGAAGGAGCUCUGUAAAGCUGGUUGGACCAAACAAAACAAUGCUUUUGAGGUGGCUGUGGAGAUCCUUGAGCCGAUGCUUCUCUGUGUGGACAGCGUGCAUGACAACGAGGACAUGAGGUGGAGCGAUGAAGUAGCACACAACGCCUUAGAGAUCUCUAAAGCUCUCACUGAUUUCGAGUUCAUCAUGGCGUUGAUUGUGCUGAAAAAUGUUCUGACACUGACUCGAGCGUUAGGGAAGAACAUGCAAGGGAAAGCAAAAGAUGUGCAUUUUGCUGCAACCAGUUUGAAAGCUGUGCAUCACUCCUUAAAAGAAGUGUCAGACAACAUUGAUGUGUAUCAUGAGUUCUGGAAUGACGAGGCUGUUAACAUAGCUGCUGCAAUGGAGGCUCCUGUCAGAGUCCCCCGUUUCUUCUUGAGAAAACAUCAGUUGGGAGCUGGAGCCGUUCGUCCGGAGAGUUACUACAAAGAGCAUCUGUCAGUUCCUGUUGUGAAUCACGUCAUCCGCGAACUGAAUGAGCUCUUCAGCGAGAACCACCUGAAGGCUCUGAGGUGUUUGUCGCUGGUCCCUGCUGUCAUAGAGCAUUACAAGUCCACCGAACCUGAAGAAGACUGUGUCCAAGUGUUUAAGGAUGACAUCCCUAAUGCAGGAACCCUCUCCACAGAGCUGCAUUGCUGGUGGGUGAAAUGGAGCAAAAGGGGCAAAGGGGAGAUUCUUCCCACCAGUCUCCAAGAAGCUCUGCAGCUGGCUGACGUGAAGUUCUUCCCAAACAUGCUUUCAAUUAUGAGAUUGAUUGCCAUACUGCCUGCUUUGGCUGUGGAGGAAGACAGUGAUGUGGCCUACAAGCACUUCCAGAUGUACUUGGCAAACACACCUGAUAAGUUCAAAUCUAAGGGACUUGCUCUUUUGAACAUAAACUCUGACGUUGAGUUUGAUCUGGACGCAAUGGUCGAGCUCUACAUGACUGCCCACCCCGACAAAGGGAAGGUGUCACAGUGAAUUCUGAAUUGAUGCUAAUAGUGUAUACUCAGUAGUCAGUUAAACAGGUGUGAAAAUAUAAGAUAGUUGACUAGUCUAAAAGGGAAAACAAAAAGAAAAACAGUCAAAACAAGCAAAAAAUUAUUUUGGUUUUCGCAGUGAUUUUCAAAUGUUGGUACUGUAAUAAAUUCAUAAAACAAAUCCACAAUUACAUAUUUUUAUUAUUUCAAUUUAUUUAUAUCUCAUUGUUUUUAUCCGCUCCUGGUUGUAAUGUGGUACUACUGCCAGAUGGUGGCUCUAUUGCAUUUGAAAGCUAUUUGUGGAUCACCAUUAAAGUUUGACUAAACCCCAGAAUAAAAUACAUACUUAAGCCGGGCAAACACUGCGCGAUUUCAAGCCGACCAUACAACAGUAGUAGCAGAAUGUCCAUCAUGCCCGAUUUAUGUGCUCACACUACACGGUCUCACAGUCGUGCUUGACCUCAGUGCUAACACUGUAUGAGUGAAGUCAGGAUGGAUUGUGACCGAAAUCUGUGGAGAUUCUUUUUCAAAAAAGUCUCACACACUGAGAGCUAAGUGUCUCAAGUCAUAUCCUCUUUCCACCUUCCACCUCUCUCUCUGUACCCCGCUACCUCUCUCUAUCCCACACACACACACAGCAUCACCUCCGAGUCAGCUGCAGCUCGAAAUCCAUCCGUUCAGGCAGAAGCAGUUCGUCAGGUUGUAGCUGGGCCGUGGUUGGCUGUUGUACUCCCCUGUACACAGCAUGACAAACGACACCCGAUCCCACUGGCAGUUGUCCAGACUUCAAAGUGAGUCGUGCAACUCAAAAUCUGUGGCCGAUUUGGAUGAAAAUCACACAGUCUAUGCCCAGCGUAAGACACAUAAAUACAUUUAGAACACUUAAAAUAUUUGACACCUUUAGAAUGCCUUUAAAUGAAACCACCGACUAAAACCACUGUGUUAAACAUAAACAUUAACUAGGUUACUUGGUAGUAAAGUUGCAGAGGAUGUCAUAUGGUACUGGCUCAAAAUUCAGCCACAGUAACCUGGUUUCAACCUGCAGAGAGCAGUCACUAUACACAUUUCUGACUGAAUGUAGAUGUAAAACUUUCUGCUCAAAUUUUGGGAGCUGGACCUUACUCAUUCUAAACCACCAGUAGAUGCCGAUAUAUGUAACUUUAAGCAAAAAAAAAUGGUUUGUGGGUUUAACUUUACUUUUAAUAACAAAAGAUGAAGAAGGUGGCUCUGGUUCCAGAAGUGAAAUUUACCAUUCAAAUCCCCAAUAGACAUUUUGCAGAAUUGUUAUUACAACACUUUUUAUGCAUGGACCAAGCAAACGAGCCGAAUACUCGUGACUCUGCGCAAAAAUGGAGAAAAAGUUUAAAAUACAAGACUGGGUAAAUAAUUCUUUAUGAGGAUGAAGGAACUACAUAUCCCACAGUCCACUGUGAUUCAUUUCCCUCCUCAAGGAUAGCUUUUCAAGCUUUUCAACCAUAUAUGAUUAUAUAUUACUAUAUAUAACGAUAAUGUUGUAAUAUAUCCUAGUUUGCAUAUAUUUUGCUUCACACUAUGGCGCUGUGUUUUGUCGUCAUCAGCAGUUGUUAGUCUUUGUUUGUGGGUGUGGUAGACAGUUCCAGUGUUACCAGAAACCAAUCCUAUGAGAGACAUCGCUUUAACACUGUAGGUUUGUGAGUAAUGUUUUUUUUUUUUUUUUUGCUGAGAUCAUUUUUUUCUCAAAAAGGUUGAUAUCUUACAGACAUCUGUUUUACAGGAGCAUAAAUCAUUGUUUCAUACUCAGGUAGCCUGUGGAAAGUCUGACUUAGAUACUUCUGACAAUAUCUCUAAUAAUCAAAUCCACUGUGGAGAAAAUGAAUGGGAAUUUUACUUCUAGAACCACACUGUUAAACUCUUUAGUGUGACUAACUGGAGAGGUGCCAAGAAACUAACUUCCUUUCUGUUAACUUUAGAUGCAAUCUAUUUCAAUUGAACGUUUUUUUUUUUUAAACGUAAAUGGCCAGGUAAAAAUAUCUAUUUUACUUAGUAUUUUGAAAUGAAAUUGUUUCUAAGUAAUAUCAGUGCAAAACCAGGCUAAAUAUGUUAAGCCAAUGCAAUGCAAUGGCAGUUUCUAUUAUGUGUGAGUAUCUUACUAAAAAACUAAAGCCUGGCACACUAUUAAAGUUUUGAAAAUCCAAAUUGGUUUUGAAAAAGUGAGAGAUCCAACAAAUGUAAGAUGUAAUGGUUUGGAUCUUAGAGCGUGUUGUGAGCAAAAGAUGUUAACAAAGCAUGUCACACACUAACAGAUACAUUCACCAACAACCAGAGUCUCCACUCUGGAAAAUGCAAAAUCCCACACAGUUAAACAUGACUUUAAAUUAAAAGUCAAAUGUGACUAGUUGUUAACUACCUUUAGCAUCCAUGACAGUGGCUAUUUUAGUCCAGCUCCUCUUCUUGUAGUAUAAACUUACUCCUCUAUUUCUGACGUCUGUCUUACUUUAUAUUUCACGUUUAACUAUUGUUGCCAUGGCUGUGUUUGCUGUGCUUCCUCCUUUGGUUGGCUAGCUUUCUGACUGGUGAUUGAUCCAGUCCACGUAACAAUCCUGCUCAUGCCUGCUAAUCUGCCCUCCGUGUUCCCUCCACACAACAGGAUUUCUGAUCAUAAAUAAAGAACACAUUUAAUAUUUAUGAUUUCAAGUCAGAAUAGCUUCAAUAGCUAACCGUCAGAGCAACCACACACCACAGUAAAAUCUGUCAUAAUAGUCUUCAGAAUCAUCCAAUAACUGGGCCUUUGUUGACUUUGGUCAGAAGGGGGACUCGAGCUGAAAAUCAUCCAAGUUAUCUUGUAAUGUGUACCUGAUUGUAGAUGGACAUUCUGGUCCAUCUAUUCAGAUUUUUUUCAAACAACCCAAAAAAAGUUUUCCUAGAAAUGCACUCUCCUAUUUUAGUGGAAGCACAUCUUAUGCUGGUAAUGAGCUGUGUCUCCUUUCAGACUGAGUGGGAUCAAAGCAGCUGCAGGUAAAAGAAAUGUCAGAUUGGUUUGCAGAGUCUGACCAACAUUAGAAGUGAUAACAUCACCAGCCAUCAGUCCUCCUACAGAUUAACAUGCAGGCGCUUGUGUUGAAUGUGGUUAUGGAUAUGCCAGUAAACCUGACAUGGCCUUUGUACAAUUUGAUAUUUAUUUUCUCAAUUGAAUUACUGCUGAACUGCUACUUUUAUAUGUGCUAUCCAUUCACUGCUCUCAUUUGCUGUAUAUAUCCAGGUACUGCAGCAGGAAGAAAAGGCCUAUUUGGCCAUGGCUGUAGUGCUCUGUAGGGGUCCAACACAUAAAAAUGUAACAGUCCAACUUGCUUUCACAGCCGUUUUUUAGUACAAACAGUGUGCUUUGAGCUCUGUUUGUAUUGUUUUCAUGUGGGGAAAAAGAGCUGUGAAGCUUUUAAUCUCCUUCUGUGAACAAGGAAAGUAAUUCUAAGCUUUGCCAAUAAUAAUUUCUCUUUCAUGUUGGGUGUUAUGACUAUAAAUGUUCAAGUAAAAAGCUGACUCCAAGUCUCCUGAGAGUCAAACUUCCACUGUUGUGUUUGCAUAUUUAGUGAUUGAUUUAACUGAAGACUUGCUCUGAUUCUCUGCUGCAGAGGACUAUAUUAAAUCUGCCUUUUUCUAUUAGUCUUGUUUGUAUUUACUUGUAAAUAAUUUAUAUCUUUUGUUGACUUGUUUCUUUAUAGGGCCUCUUUUUUUGGCAGUUAAUGGAAAAUUAACUCCUACUUCCUACCUUGUUAGAAGCUCACUGUUGCCUUAUUUUUUAUUCCUUUCAUGAGAAUUGUCUGAGGCUAGUUAAUGUGUAUU